UGCAAUAAUAAGAUUAUAAAACUAAGCGAUAGCACAUUGUUUUAUAGAUGUCCUCCGCUUUCGGCCGUAUAUUGUGCAUGGAAUUCCUAUUAUUUCUCGAAAACGUGAUAAACCUAUGAGGAGAGGAAGGCAUUGCGCAGCUGUGGGGUACUUAUCGAACUAAUUUGAUUUCAAUAAGUAACUAUGCUAUAACUAUUUUAAAACAGUUUUUAUCUUAACUGUCCGGAAAUUUUUUUAAAAAGAUUUUUUGAUAUUUUAUGUCAUCGAAAAUUUUAGGUAUCAAUUUUUUUUUUAAAUAUUCAAAAAUGUCUUGUGAGUGUAAGGAUCGACCUAAACGUAAAUAUUACCGUUAUUAUGAUACACCUGACGGCUGUGAUGUUUUCGACAAGAUUCUAGUAACGAGUCGAUACGGAGGUAUAGCUGGCUUGAUAUUGUCUACUUACGAUGUCUUAAUGUAUUCGCACGCUGUUGGCUUGGGGCCUAUUAUGAGACGGUAUGCCUACCACACAGUACCACUAGUCAUGAUGGGAGCAACCUUCGCAAGCGUUGCUAAUGGAGUUCAACUAUUACGAGGAAAAGAUGAUAUACUAAACUAUUUCAUCGGUGGGUUUGCUUGUGGGCCAAUUCUGGCGUACUAUUUAGGCAGCAAUCACGCAGUGUUAUUAGGAGGUCUAGGUCUUGGAGUCAUCGGCAUGAUUAAGAAGAAUGCAAUUGAAAAUAAUUACACUCUAGUACCUCAAGUCCCAGGACAUAUGGGAACAAUCCGUAGUUGGAAACAUGAUUAUACGUAUUUAGCAGACCCAAGGGAUACUGCCAAGCACACGUGCGGGACCAAAAAUCCAUCGGGAUAAUUUGACAUAAACCAUAUAUAUGCAUGUUGAAAUUUCAUCAAAUUUUACUAUAUUUAUAAGCAUGUACUUUUAACAUGCUUUUUAAUUUAACUUUAUCAUUAUUUCGUUCAACGUUCUACAAUUUGGAAUCAUGAAUAUUUGUCUCAUCGUUUUAAUCAGUAUAAAAUUAGUAUAAC